ACGACGUACAUGUAAGUUGCGAAUAUCAGAUGUGAAACCCGCUUUUGUUUCUCAUUAACUUUAUCAAUUCAAACUUUGCUUCUACUGUCACUCGUUUUCGAUGUUUUCUCUGAUGCUUCCCUCUAUCUGGAUUUAUCCUGAUAUUUCAAACACCUGAGCUAUUCAGGCUACUCAUCAUGAUAUUGCGACGACGCUUCUGGCUCCCGUUCGGGAUCGCUGUAGCGCUACUUUUAUUAUUCUAUUCCGGGACAACUCGAGACAUCUAUAGUUGGGCCGGUGCCGGAAGAUCAGCCCGAAGGCCUCACUUUGAUAAAAACGUGAUCGACGAUGAGGGCUAUUUCUGGCGGAGAUUGCCCACACAUUAUCCUGUCAAGGAUAUGAAACCUUUACCGACAGGAAGACCACGCAAGCUCCCCAAGAUUCAGACCAACUUCGGCAAAGAAUCACCAAAAGAUGCGGCUACCCGAAAACAACGGCAAGAAGCCGUCAAGAAAGCGUUCAUUCGCUGCUGGGACUCUUACAAAGCCAAGGCAUUUAUGAGUGAUGAGCUUGCCCCUAUUAGCGGCAAAUCCAAAGAUACAUUCGGAGGUUGGGGAGCCACAUUAGUCGACAGCUUGGAUACAUUGUGGAUCAUGUCGUUGCGGGAAGAGUUUGAAGAAGCGGUUGCUGCCGUGGUUGAUAUUAAUUUCACCAUCAGUUCACUCGAAACCGUGAAUGCUUUCGAAACCACUAUCCGCUAUCUGGGAGGUUUUCUUUCGGCUUACGAUUUGAGCGGCGACCAGCGGCUACUUCGUAAAGCUAGGGAAGUCGGCGAUAUGCUUUAUAAGGUGUUUGACACGCCGAAUCGCAUGCCCAUCACUCGCUGGGAUUUCGAUUAUGCUUCUCAAGGGGGGCAACAGGUCGCGAAUGAGGCAGCACUACUAGCAGAGGUUGGAUCAUUCUGCAUGGAAUUCACGCGCCUAUCGUUAAUUACUGGCGACCCGAAGUGGUUCGAUGCCACGGAGAGGGUCAGAGAGGUUUUCGAAGAACAACAAAGCAGCACUCAGUUGCCUGGCAUGUGGCCUUUUACACUUAAUCCCCGAGAGAAACAAUUCGCCUUCGAUAACACAUUCGGGCUGGGCGCUUUAGCAGAUAGUACCUACGAAUAUCUGCCUAAGAUGUAUGCUCUCAUGGGUGGACUUCUACCCUCUUACCAGAACAUGUACGAGGAUUCGAUGAAGACCACUACCAAGCACAACUUCUUCCGACCUAUGGUUCCAGAUACGGCUGACAUACUCAUAUCGGGCACUCUACAUACCGUGAAGGAGAAUGAUAAGAUGACAUUAGAUUUCGAACACGAAGGCCAACAUUUGGUCUGCUUUGCCGGAGGGAUGCUAGCUGUCGGAGGGAAGUUGUUUGAGAAAGCUGAACAUCUGGAAGCAGCCAGAAAACUUGUAGACGGCUGUAUAUGGGCUUAUAAAGCGAUGCCAUUGGGAAUCAUGCCCGAAACAUUCUUCAUGGCCCCUUGUAAAUCAGCAACGGAAUGCGAAUGGGACGAGUCUUUGUGGAAGCGAGCCAUUCUGCAUCAGGCGGGUGAGAAAGACCUAACUAACAUGGAAAAGGCGGACGAGAUUAUUUCAAAAUCGAGGCUUCCAAAAGGAUUUACGCAGAUAACCCAGGCUAAAUACAUCCUGCGACCAGAGGCUAUAGAAAGCGUCUUCAUUCUGUAUCGGAUUACUGGUCGUCCGGACCUUCUUGAGUCAGCUUGGGCUAUGUUCGAGGCAAUUGAAAAGAACACGAAGACCCCUUUGGCGAAUGCCGCCCUUAGUGACGUGACUGUCGCUAGCAACCCUCCGAAAACAGAUUCAAUGGAGAGCUUCUGGAUGGGUGAGACGCUGAAAUACUUCUAUUUGAUCUUUAGUGAACCGGAUCUCAUAAGUCUAGAUGAGUGGGUAUUCAACACCGAGGCUCAUCCGUUUAAGAGAUUAGUCCGUUGAAUUGUUGCGAGAAUGGUGUAUCGGUACGCACCCUUAGAAUUUGAAACGGGGGAUCUGAUCGGGGCAGAGAAGUAAUAGAUAGGUAAAUGAGGGACAUAGGGCACCUACAUAGACCCGUUGCAUAUAUAAUUAUUACCUGCUUACUCAUUUACCUACAUAAUGAGUUUUGGUGUAAAAAG